AUGUCGCCGGUGACCAUCAGCCAACCGGCAAGGUCGGGAGACCUAAUCCUGGCAUACCACAGCGAGAAGCGUCGUAUGCUUCUUGUUACCUCCACUGGAUCCGAUCAGGUUACUUCGGACACUUCCAUCAUACGUCUGAGACAGAAUACCGAGGACAAGACACAGGAAUUACCUGGGUCUGGUAAUUGUACCGAUGAUGAAGAUGACUAUUUGUAUGAAGAGGAGCAAACGCUACGACAGAUUCUAGAUGAGCUAGCAUGGGAGCGUUCGGGAGAAUCACUUUCUGAAUGCGUCGUGAAUUCACACGGACGUGAGGUACUCGAGCACUAUUUUGUCGGGUGUUGCCCCUACUGCAACGAUGUGACCUUCUUCUGUCCUGGAUGCGGUGGUGUCUCAAGAGAAUUCCCGGAACUCUUUGGUAGUUGCGCUGUAUUUCUGUCAUGCCCCGUAUGUAUAGGGUAUGCUAUUGCCUCGGAUGAGAAAUCAGGAUUGAGGGCGCUAGAAUGGGAGGAGGAUAACAUCAAGCAUUAUCAAAGAAAAGGCAAGGAGUCGAAGCUAUCUGCUGGUGAAAGGCGGCAGUUGAGAGAGCACAAGCAUGAAAUUGAGGAUAUUCUGACGGAGAAGUAUGAGACUCUUAAUGAGAGGAAGGAGGACAUGGGCUUACCCUUGGACGACGUGGACGAGCUCGUGGAAGCGGAUAUGGAUUGUAUAUUUGAUUAA